CUUUAUUUCACCGAUCAAACUCAUACAAAAAAGAAGAAGCAGAAGAAGAAGAAGAAAACAAAAUUUCGAGAGGCUGCAAACAAUGGGUGACGACCGAGCUCUUGUCCGCCGGGAACCCGAACCCCAACCCCUGUCGGUGGCCCACGCACAGCCACUCGCCGCCUCCUACAACGACCGGAUCCGCCCCUUGCUCGACGCGGUCGACAAGCUCCGAAACCUCAUGGUCAUGAAGGAGGGCAUCCAGCUCCCCACCAUCGUCGUCGUUGGCGACCAGUCCUCCGGCAAGUCGAGCGUCCUCGAGUCCCUUGCUGGCAUCAGCCUACCGCGCGGGCAGGGCAUCUGCACGCGCGUGCCCCUUAUCAUGCGGCUCCAAGGCCGGCGUCAAGACGAAAGCACCAAGCUCCAACUUGAGUUCAACAACAAGAUCGUGGACGUGUAUGAGGACCACAUCUCCGAUGCCAUUGUCGCUGCAACUGACGAGAUCGCCGGCUCUGGUAAGGCCAUAUCGAAUACCCCGCUGACUCUGGUCGUCAAGAAAGAUGGCGUCCCGGACUUGACCAUGGUCGAUCUGCCCGGAAUCACGAGAGUGCCCGUGCACGGCCAGCCUGAGAACAUUUAUGAGCAGAUCUCCGCGAUGAUAAUGGAGUACAUAACGCCUGAGGAGAGCAUCAUCCUCAACGUCGUGUCUGCGACCGUCGACUUCUCCACUUGCGAGUCCAUAAGGAUGUCGCAGAUGGUGGACAAGACCGGCAAGAGGACUCUGGCUGUCGUCACGAAGGCUGAUAAAGCUCCGGAGGGCUUGCAGGAGAAGGUAACAGCUGAUGAUGUUAAUAUAGGGCUUGGUUACGUGUGUGUCAGGAACCGGAUCGGUGAAGAGUCCUACGAAGAAGCGAGGCUCGAAGAGGCGAAGCUGUUCGACACACACCCCCAGCUGUGCCAAAUUAACAAGUCCAUCGUUGGUGUGCCUGUCCUGGCAAAAAAUCUGGUGCAGAUUCAGGCCAAUAUUAUGGCCAAGUGCUUGCCAGGUAUCGUCAAGAAGAUCAAUGACAAGCUGAAUGCGAACGUUUCCGAGCUUAAUAGGAUGCCCAAGAAUCUGUCCUCGGUCGCUGAGGCUGUGGCGGCCUUCAUGCAGAUCAUGGGGUCGGCAAAGGAGUCGCUGAGGAAAGUCCUGCUGAGAGGCGAGUUCGAUGAGUACCCGGACGAGAAGCCCAUGCACUGCACAGCCCGGCUGAUGGGGAUGCUGAACCAAUAUUACGAUGAGCUGCGAAACUGCCCCGAGAACGAUCCACGGACUAACUUCUUGUUGGAGGAACUGGAGGUCUUGGAAGAGGCCGAAGGGAUCGGACUCCCAAACUUUCUCGCUCGCACUGCCUUUCUCACCCUUUUGCAGCGGAAGGUGAAGGCCAUAUCGAGCAAGCCACCGAGUUUCGGCGUUCGUGCUUGGGACUACAUUGAGGGGGUUGUAAUUCAGGAGUUGAUGCGGCAAUCGGAGAAUUAUCCUCAGCUGCAGUCGUGGAUAAGAAGAGCAGCGUCCAAUCUAAUUAACAAGAUGAGGGAGCAGACGACGGCUAAGAUGAAGGAGAUCGUUGAAAUGGAGAAGCUCACUAGCUACACUUGCAACCCUGAAUACCUGUUGGAGUGGAACAAGCUGAUGGCCCAGCAGAACCUGUUCAUGCAGGUGAUCAACGACGAGUAUAGGUCCACAACCAUGGUCCUCGAGGGGAUCGGGCAGGUCGACGUGCGCCAUCUGAGGAAUCACAAGCAGCUGGUUCAGCAGGCGUUCGAUCUGAAGAUGCGGAUGACCGCGUACUGGAAGAUUGUGCUGAGGAGGUUUGUCGACUCGAUGGCCCUGCAUCUGCCGUUCAGCGUGCACAACUUGGUGAACGAGGAGAUGGAGAAGGAUAUUGUGGGCGAGCUGAUCAGGCCCAAUGGCAGCAGCAACAUCGAGAGGAUGUUGGAGGAAGCGCCGUCGGUGGCGGUGAAGCGUGAGAAGCUGAACAAUAGCGUCAAGCUCUUGAGGGAGUCUGCGAAGGUGGUGGCCAGAAUCAUGGAUCGGAUUGCUAUAGAUGGCGACUACAGUGAUUAGUUAAUGGCGUUGUUCUGGUGGCCGUUUAUUUUCCUUUCUUGUGUGUUCUUCUACUGAACUUAAUUAAGGUGUUUUUCGUUUGAGUGUGUUAAUGUUGCUGUUCUAGGAAUCAUCUUUCCAAAUGAUGUUUCUUCUUGCUCUUUGUAUGUCUGAAAAUGGGUUUUUGAUGGA